AUGAAUAUGAAAAAUUACUCAACACAUUUAGAUUUAAAUAGGGAGGGGAUAACUAAAAAGAGAAUCUGCGCAAUCCCUAUUCUUCUCAAACUUUUUACCAUGUUAUAUCUCAUUUUUUUAUUUUUUCUUUUAGAAUGCUUAUCCAAACAGGAAAUUCUGUGUAUCUAUGUGAUCAAAUUCAAUAAAGAUCAUUUAAGAAUAUUAGCAGAGAUGGAAUUAAAGGAUAAUGAUAAUCUUGCACAUAUAGAUACUUUAUCGGAAAGCUUUUUUGAAUUUCUUAAAAAAGAGGAAAUUUCUUUAAAAAGCCGUGCAUUUCAAAAGUGGGAAGAAAUGUGUUUUUUUGAAUAUAUAAGAUGUUCUCUACAUGGAAGAUCAUGGGAAGAAGAUAAAUUCCAAAAGUGGUAUGAUCAAAUGCAAAGAGACAUAGAUGAUUUUCGUGCUAAUGCUGUUGAUGAAUAUAAGAAGUUAAAGGAGAACUCUUCUACGGAUGAAGAAUGUUCUAAAUUUUUUAUUAUGAAAAAAAAGGAAUGGACAAAAUAUAAAGAUAGUACAUAUAAAUUAUUUAAGAAAUACGUAAAAGACUGCAAAAAAGAGUGGGAUAAGAAACGAAAUAAAAAAAAAACGAAGAGCGGGAUGGGAAACAAAAUGAAAGGAAAACCAAGAGCGAGGCGAGAAACGAAAUAA